AUGGAUCUCAUGUCGAUGGACCGUACUACCCUCACUGAGGAGUUGGACAAAGUCAAGAAGAAAAAAGAUGCCAUAUUCUCACAACCUAGACGAUUAUGCCUGGAGGAUUUGAGAUGUAGACUUUGUCUGUUCAACUUGGAGGAAGAUGAUAUGGUUGUCGCCCGGGUGUCGGAUACCCCAAAGGAAAAGUUCUCCCAGGAAUUCACUUUCUCAAUAAUGCAUCACACAUACGACAGUGUCAACCACAUCCGAAUACAUGCCUGUCGUCGGCCUUGUGAAAAAAGGGGCCGCCUCACCCCGUUCUUCCACGCUGAGUGUUGGAAAUUCAAACAGCGUGACGUUUUCAGAGUUGUGUCCACUGGAUGCUUCCGUUUUGAACCGACUGUACAUGAGCAGAAUCGGCGUUUCACUCGUAUCAAGCAUUCUCUGGCGCGAAGAUUGGAUGGCAUUUUCCAAGUGAAGCUUCCCGCCGAGGUAUUAGACACAAUAGCUGAGAUGCUUGUUCACGAAUGUGCUACAAUCACAAACGAAGAACAGUCUUUGGGGAGAGGUGAAGACGCUCGGACAAUUCGAUUGGACUCUGCGGUAUAUGCGACCUAUUCCGUUGUCGAUGGUGUGCGUUAUGUCAAGAGUCUCACGAAUUCCCCUGUGCCAGACAGAGAAGAAUACACACAACUCAGCAAGGAAGGGUAUACUCAUAGCCGACUUUACAUUGCGCAUGACUUUAGAGGUGUCCGAGCAAUCAGGUUAGACCCAUCACAUGUGCCUUUGUCGGGUCCAGGUCCCAUCACGGAUUGUUAUUGGAGAAACAUCCCUGACGCUGAAAAGAUGGUCAUCCACGAAAAUGGUUUAAUGAUAUGGGGCAUAGAUGUCCCAAGAGAGCCUCAUCCACGUAUUAGCGACGACACGCAGUGGGCAAAUCUCGAGCACCCAUCCAACAUCGUAGAUCUUUUGAACAUGACAAAAGGCCUGAAUAAUGACAAUAGAAACGUCCGGAUGGCAUCUUUUGACUACAACGCUGAGGGUAUCACCGGGUAUACCGUGGUCACUGACGGACACCGAACAGCCACUGUCCAUGCCCAUAGAUCUGGCGAAAAGGCUAGAUUUUAUGAUGAGAUAGAGCACUCAUGGCCCUGUGGCUUCUUCAUUUACAUGCCGCUGGAUGAAGGAGAAUAUCUGACGGAAAUCUACCGUCGUCAUGGGAAAGAUCCCUACUCCGACGAAGAGUCUUUAGGCAGUUUUGUGUUCGUUACAAACAAAGGGAGAACCAGGUUGUUCGGCGCCGCUCGCUCCCUGGUUGACAUCACGGCAUUCCACCAGUUGGCAACACUCUCACCAAAUGGUUCGCAGAUUUAUAUCAACGACUGGGCAUACGACUUCAUAGACCAAAUACGAUAUAUUGCAUUCAGCGAAGGUCUAUCAUCCUUAGAAGAAAAGCCGAUUCCCUCUUCUCUGGUUCCUGACUUCCCAAGCAUCUGCACCAAAACCAACGGCCCUUGGUUCAAAUCAUCUUGCAGCAUGAAAGACAUAAGUGAAAUAACCCUUUGCAGGGAUUCCUCAUUUCCGCAUAGACCCAUUAUAGGGAUGCUAGUGUACUAUGGCAACGGCCAUCGAGAAUGUCUUGGUCGAUUCCGUUUUGAUAAAACGCUGGAGAAGUUCCGUCUUGACUGGAAUACCGACUUGUACGUCGGGUCCGGAAGAAACAUCUGGAGUUUUCUAUAUGUUGAACAGAUUCUCACAUCUCCUCGUUACGACAAGGCACACCUACGCUGGAUGAAGCUUCCGCGGGAUGGAAUUUUGGAAUGGUGGAACUCUUACCAGCACUCUGUUUUGCGUCAUGGGUUAGAAAACAUCACCAAUCUUGGUAGUGAGCGCUUGUAA